AGUGGAGGAGGUGACGGAGGGCGGAGGAGAGGGAGCGGGAGCAGAGGCCGGGCUUCCUUUCUCUCGGAGCUCCUGCCUCCGGCUGGCGUUGGGGACCGCGUGGUGUCAGGAAGGGCUGGGGCAGGGAGAAACCGGCGUGGUUUUUAGGUUCUCAGUAGGUGGCGGUAAUAGGGCCUUUUAGGCCUUGCUUCACCAUAAAACCGCAGAAGAAGAAGAGAAGAAGAGGUGACUGAGUCUGAAUCUGCCGGCUGCCGAGGAGGAUGGAGGCUUCGAGCAGAGCCGAACACUUAGGGCUGGCAGGCACCAGAAAACAAUUCUUGGAUCUGCCCUGGGAGGAUAUUCUCUUCUCCCAUGUUCUUUCAUAUCUUCCUCUGAGGCAGCUCUUGAGCCUGCAAAGGGUCAGCAGGGCAUUUCAGUCUCUAAUUCAGCUUUACCUCACCAACAUGCGCUGCUUUGAUUCUAGGCAGGUCGGACCAAACAUUCCAAAAGCUGCAUUCUGUAUCCUGUUAAAAGACAAUGAGGUGCUGCAACAGUUGGCACUACAGAACUGUUCCGACUGGCUGUCUGACAAGGAGCUGCUUCCUGUGAUUGGUCAAAACCACCAUUUGCAACAAAUUGAGUUGAAUGGCUGCGUACAACUGAGCCGGCAUGCCCUGGUGGCCAUCUCUUUGACCUGCCCCAAUUUACGCCAACUUUCCCUGGCCCAUUGUGAGUGGGUGGACAGACUCUCCCUGCGGAGCCUGGCUGACCACUGCAAGGAGCUUGAGUCCCUGGACCUUACAGCUUGUCGGCAGCUAAAAGAUGAAGCUAUCUGCUACCUUGUACGGAGGUGUAACAGAAUGAAGUUCCUCUCGCUAGCUGUCAAUGCAAAUGUUGGUGAUGUAGCAGUGGAGGAGACUGCCAAAGCCUGUCCUGAACUGGAGCACCUUGACCUCACCGGCUGCCUGCGGGUCAAGAACAACUCCAUUAGGGCCUUGGCUGAGUACUGCCCCAAGCUGCGUGCUUUGAAGGUGAAGCACUGUCAUGAUGUGGUGGAAUCCAGCCUAAGCAUCCUGCGUAACCGUGGUGUGGAGCUAGACGUGGAACCUCCGCUGCAGCGUGCCCUGGUUCUCUUGCAGGAUGUAGAGGGUUUUGCCCCAUUUAUCAAUCUUCAGAUCUAAUGAAUUGGAGACCCUGUCAGCGUGUCCUGGAGACUGCCUGUGUGAAGAUCUGUCAGAUACUGUUACUGAAAAGUUCAAGAGGCAGAGGGUUUCAGUCCCAUCACUUCAAGUUGAGCCUGUCCUGAGUUACUGAUAUCCCUUGUGGGAGUCUGUAUGUGUGCACUGGAAAAACAAAUCCAUUUGCAUUAUGGUUGGUUGGUUGUACUGCCUUCAAGUCGAUCCCGACUUAUGGCGACCCUAUGAAUAGGGUUUUCAUGGUAAGCGGUAUUCAGAGGUGGUUUUACCAUUGCCAUCCUCUGAGGCUGAGAGGCAGUGACUGGCCCAAGGUCACCUAGUGAGCUUCAUGGCUGUGUGGGGAUUUGAACCCUGGUCUCCCAGGUUGUAGUCCAACACCUUAACCACUACACCACAAUAAAUGACUCCCAGCAUGUAUACUGGCUGAUUGGCACACAGCAUGAAUGAUUAAUAAUUUUCCAGAGAUGGAUUCUGGGCCUGUUGAUGUGAAGUGGCUAUAGACAGGCAGUUGCAUUGGUGCUGAACCCAUUUUACCUAACUGCAUUUCAGGUGGACAUCCACAGAUAAAUGGGGAAUUUUUGGGUGGAAUCUAAUCACUGGAGAGUAGGAUUGACAGCAGGCAAUGCUAAUGCUGCUUCCGUUCUGCUUUGAAUUGUGUGCUGGAGAAGUCCUACCAUGUUGUAGAGAGAGUGGAGGAGACCUUUUAAGUUUGUAACUGACUGUUGUGCCUUUAAAGGCUGCAGGGUAGGGGAUGUGUGCUGGUACCACAUUGCUGAGCAAAGUAGCCUCCAAGUAUCCUCUUGCUUUUAAAGACAAAGGUGGCAUGUGGCUUGCGUUUAAAGGGAGAAUAUUUAUUUGUUUUUCACAUGUCUGUUUCGUUUUCACAGCUAAAGGUCAGAAUGGGGUGUGUGAGUGAAAUUACUGGAGCCAGUUACAAAGAGGUGGAAACUAAUUCUGAAUAGCUUUCUAAAAGGAAGCACACUUUUUCCCCCAAUUGUAGUGCAGUCAUGGAAGCUAGCUUUACUUUGUUAGGUGAACAUGAUUAUACAUUAUGCGUAAAAAUGUCAAAAGAAACAACGCAAGCAGCACACUAGUAUAACUUACGAGUUAACUCUUGUAAGGAAAACAACAGAGGGCCCAGAGGAGGAGGAGCAUCUUUAAUCAUCAGUGGACGCCCUGCUUCUGUUUGCGGACAGCUGGUUCUCAAGGGUGCACACACAAACAUUUGGGAGUCUCAUCUCCCAGAUAAAUAGGUUAGAUCUUGACUGGUGAAGAAAACGCUAAAAUGAGUUCCCAAGCAGAAGGCAUGAGAUGGACUUCGGUAGCUGUCAGUGGAAUUUAUACUUCCUGGCUAGCUUGAGACUGAUGUAUGUUUUUUCAUUUCUUCACACUCUGCCUUCUUGAUAUCCUUUCCCCUUUUGUACUUACUACCUGAUUAUCAAUGUAGCGAAUCAACUUCUUGGGAGCCUAAGCGCAAACAAAAAUCAGGACAAACCUGAGUUGCUUUUCAGUCUGAAUGGGCCAUUGUUUCUCUUACAGCUCUUUGUGGAUUGAGUGGGGCAAUGGUGUUGCACUGCAGUAAUUCCUAAUGUGUGCUGCAACAAAUUAACUAACAAAAGACUCCAGAGAGCACAGUGUAUCCAUCAACAGUAAAGUGUGGCUGGUUCAUCUCUGCAUGAUUCACUGGAAGUUUGAAAGGCCAACAUACAUGGCCUCUGCUAGAAAUAAGUAAUUUGGCUGUGAUUUAAAAAAAUAGUUAUUUGCAAGACAGAGAUGCUGCAGGAAGUCUGCUGUCUAAUCAAAAGGCAUCCCAGGACAGUGACACACAUAUGGAAGUGAUCUCUCUUCGUGCCUUCCAUUUUAAUGCAGAAUGUGUGCCUCUCUUAUAAAGAGUUUGGGAAAUGCUAGACUAUAGCUAAAGGACUAGUUCCAAAAAGGCUGCUGUGUUUAGAUAGGAAUUCAUUUUGGGUGGGGUGGGGAUUCCUCUUAUGUGAUGAAUGCUACAGCAACUCAAGAUGUGGAGAGUAUAUUCCCAUACUUCUGGAUGGGUGGUGACUCUGUGCAUGAGAUAAACACUCUUAACAGAUCACCAUUUUUAAAAAAGGGGGUAACCUGCAGUAUGUAACUGGAUUCUCUUGCCUGAAGUUACUUGCUUUGUAGGUAUCAUUAUGGAAGGCAUCUAUAUGUGAUCUCACUUAGCUGGGCUGGGAGGGACUGGGGCAUGUUGGACUAGAUGAACCAUUCACUUUUCAAAGAUGGGGCUGCUCCUUUAAUACCCCCUCCACCCUGAAAAUCCUGUGGUCUGAAAGCCGGCCUCUUGAGUGUUGCAGUUCACAGAAACACCAGAGAGCAAAUUGCUUUUACUAAAAUUAAUUUGCAGAACCCCUACAAAAUGUCUGUCCCAGGGAUUUGUUUGUAAGUGAUUGCACAUCUGGAAAGUUUUAACAUGGCAACAUCUGAUCCCUGUGCCUGCAUGAACUCUUGCUGAGACUGGCAAAUAACUACUGCAAAAUCCUGCAUGCACAUAAAAUACAAAGCCUCAUGAAAUUG